CGGAAGUACAUCAAGAUUAACUCUGCCUUCUAACAAAACGCGCGAAGAAGAAGAGGAAACAGCGGUCGGUCUGUAGCAAACAUAAACAAGUGAUACAAAUAACACCAGCUACAACAAAAUGUCGAUUGUGUUUGUGCCGAAGAAACUACGAGGGAAGGCUAAAGUAAACCAAGAAACCAUACAGAGGUUGCUGGAUGAAAACGACCAGUUAAUAAGAUGCAUCACUGAAUACAUGCAGAAAGGCCGAGCAGCGGAGUGUGUUCAAUAUCAACAGAUCCUGCACCGAAACAUUGUGUAUUUGGCCACCAUCGCUGAUGCCAGCCCAGACAACACGCCUCCUCCUACUAAUUCGACGUCUAAUGAAACCUCGAUGUCAACUGUGAACGGACAAGGAGGGUCGUAGAAAACAUGGGAAUCGCACAAAAUGUUGUUUUCUGUAAUGUUAUGCAUAAUAGAUACCUAAGACAUGCUAUAUUUCAUUUCUUCGUUAUAUGGAAAAUUCUGUGAAUUGAAAAUGUUAUUUUUGAAUGAGUUGAACAUUAAAAAUAUUUUGUAUUUA